AUGCCUCAGAGGAGGCGCCACGGCAAACACAAUCACCAGCAACAGCAGCAGAAACAAGAGGGCCAACAGCAGCAACCGCAGCAGCAGCAACCGCAGCAGCAGCAACCACAACAGCAGCAACCGCAGCAGCAGCAACCGCAACAGGAGCAACCGCAGCAGCAGCAACCGCAACAGGAGCAACCACAGCAGCAGCAACCGCAACAGGAGCAACCGCAACAGCAGCAACCGCAAGAGCAACAAGGACAGCAGCAACACCGGCAGCAGCAGCAAGCGCAGCAGCAGCAACCGCAACAGCAGCAGCCGCAACAGCAGCAGUCGCAGCAGCAGCAACCGCAGCAACAGCAACCGCAGCAACAGCAAACGCAGAAGCAGCAAUCGCAACAGCAGCAACCGCACCAGCAGGAACCGCAGCAGCAGCAACCGCAGCAGCAGCAACCGCAGCAUCAGCAACAACAGCAGCAGCAACCGCAGCAUCAGAAACAUCAGCAGCAGCAAACGCAACAGAAGCAGAAGCCGCAUCGAAAGCACAAGCAGCACAAGGAGCAGGAUCGGGAGCAGCCGCAACAUAGGGGCCAGCAGCAGGAGCAGCAGGACUUGCAGCAGCAACAAAAGCAGCUGCAACAACCUGAGCAACAUGAGAAGCCGCAGCAGCAGCAGCAGCUGCAGCAGCAGCAAGGGCCACAGCAGGUGCAGCAACAAGGUGAACGGCAGCAGGAUUUGCCAAUAGCUGCAGGUCCAGCGACUGCUGCUGGCGGCCUUGAAGAAGAGGUGCAGCGGCGGCUGCAGGCCUGCAACGCCAACGUGGUGGAUGUAUCUGCGGCCCAAAUGUUUGCUGACAGCCCCGAUGGCGUCCCCUCUCUCAUUCGCUGCAGCGGAUCCCAGGUCGUCUGGUGGCUCAGCUUACAUCAGUCCCUCCGGAUACGAAGAGCAACUGCAGCGCAUCAGCAGCAGGGGCCCCCAUGCACCGGCUUGAGGCUCCUCUAUAUUGCGGAGACGCAGCAGAAGGAGGCAUCUUCUCCCUUCGACAACUUCUGCUAUAAAGACACCUGGGGCGAGCAGCUGCUGCAGCACUCAAGAGGAGUGGUGGUUGUCGGCAGCAUCUCACCGCCGGCGCUGGUUCCUCUGCAGCACAGACAGCGCGGAGUCAGCUGCGCGCAGGCGUGCUUUAUCCCGGAUGGAUCCGGCAUCGUCUGCACGGAGAUGCCUCCUGAGCCCUACAGGAGAGGGGGCCCCAAAGGGCCCUCAAGGCGCUCUGGCUGCCACUCUCAGGGGAGGAUGAUUGGGCUGCCUGGGACCCUAGGAUAUGAGAAGCGGCCGCACUUCGGUAACGCCCGCCUUCGUGUUGCAACGGUGGUGAGGGAGGGCCCCGGGGGCGCCUGGGUGGUGAAGUCCCGGCGAACAGUUCUCAGCACCAACCCCUCUCCCCGUGGGGGCCCUUCCCUGCAGCACCCAGACAGCGGCAAGCCCCACUCUACAGAGCAUGGGGGAGCCGAGCUCUCGUGCGUCUGCGUGGCAGGGCCCCAGCGGGAGUCCGCGACCCGCAAUGGGGGCCCACCGCUGCGCCCCUUUCAGGGCCUCGCCUGUCACCAGUUGCCCCCGUGGCGGAGCCGGGGAUAUCUGUUGGCGACGACUUUCAUCGGCUGUCGCCAGACAGUCAUCGCUGUCUCUACAGACACUGCAGCAAGCGGCGUGGUGGUGCGGCGGGUGCAGGUGGAGUGCGGGACGUGCCCGAAUGGUUCUGCAGACUUGAAGGCAACAGUAGCAGCAGUAGGAGCAGCAGGGGACGUGCUGCUGCGAGAUACCCGGGGGCCCUGGCUGCUCCUCCAGCUCAGCAGCCCUGUGCACCCACCUGUGCUGGUCGUCGCAAAGAUAAAGGACGAGGCGGUGCUGAAGCAGCCGCCGGACGAGAAGGACCCCUUGGGGCCGCCCCUUGUAGCCGAGGUGGUCGAUGCCUUCUCCCUAAGGGGGGCGCCAGACGGGGCUUUCGAUGGAGCGGUGAAGAAGCUGCAAUUGCAUAUGCUGACUCUGUCUCUCUAUCACUUAGAUGCACAACGCCACUGGCUCGUUCGCGCCGGGGGCCCCCCCAGGGGACCCACGGAACCCCGACUGGCGGUGCUGAUCCACGGGGGUCCCCACUCUUGCGCGAGCUGUACGUACAACCGAGAUGUCGUCUUCCUCACCACCUUGGGCUUCGAUGUGCUGGCGGUUAACUACAGAGGCUCUGCAGGUUUCGGACAAGAGGAAUUGGUCUCCGUGCACGGCCGUGCAGGUCGCCAGGACGUGGACGACGUGGCUCAGAUAGUGCAGCAAGUUGUCAGCAGGUUCGGCUAUGACCCCUCACUCUGCGUUGCUGUCGGCGGCUCUCACGGGGGUUUCCUUUGCUGCCACCUCAUUGGGCAGUUCCCGUCCCUCUUUUCCGCCGCCUCCACCCGCAAUCCCGUGACGUAUAUCCCGGGGAUGUACGCAGCAUCAGACAUUCCCGACUUUGUAUUCCCCGUGUCCUGUGGCGAGGACUUCACCUUUUCUAAGACGCCGUCAGAGGCGGCUCUGCAGCAGAUGCAGCGGCUGUCUCCAACCCAAUUUGUCAACAACAUCCAGACGCCGCUUCUCCUCGCUCUUGGCGCGAAAGACCUGCGGGCUGUGCAGCUGCUGCAGCAACAGCCCCUGUAG